CAGCUUCCUUGACGCUGGUGCGCAGGCCGACUUUUGCUUUCGCAGCUUCCUAACUGUGGCGAAUCUGCCGCUGCGUCACGAUGGCUGAACACCUAGGGAAGCAUGUGGAAUCGGCUGUGGGAAGUACGACGCGAAAGGUUCUAAGGCCACUACGGUCAUGGCGGCCGCUGCCCCCAAGGCCGGGGGUUCAGCUCCCGAGGCGGCAGGUUCCGCCGAAGCUCCUCUGCAGUACAGCCUUCUUCUGCAGUACCUGGUGGGCGACAAGCGUCAGCCCCGGCUCCUGGAGCCUGGCAGCCUGGGCGGGAUCCCGAGUCCCUCCAAGAGCGAGGAGCAGAAGAUGAUCGAGAGGGCGAUGGAAAGCUGCGCUUUCAAGGCUGUGCUAGCCUGCGUGGGAGGAUUUGUCUUGGGAGGUGCAUUUGGGGUCUUUACAGCCGGCAUUGAUACGAAUGUAGGCUUUGACCCUAAGGACCCUUACCGGACACCAACCGCAAGAGAAGUUCUGAAAGACAUGGGACAAAGAGGAAUGUCCUACGCCAAAAAUUUUGCCAUUGUGGGCGCCAUGUUUUCGUGUACCGAGUGUUUGGUAGAAUCUUACCGGGGGAAGUCGGACUGGAAGAACAGCGUCAUCAGUGGCUGCAUCACUGGCGGAGCCAUUGGUUUCAGAGCUGGUGUGAAGGCCGGGGCCAUAGGUUGUGGAGGCUUUGCCGCUUUCUCUGCUGCAAUCGAUUAUUACCUACGGUGAAAGAAAUGGCCUGAAAGGAAGCAAGAUGCCGUCCCCCUUCCGAGCUGCUUUCUGUAGCAGUUCCUACACACCUGGCACUGCUUCAGGAGAGAAGCCAAUUGUUUCCCUCUACAGUUGGUGGUGUGAGGGAGCCACCUCGCUGGCCUCUGCCUCCAGCCAUUGGAGCAGCCAUACUUUUCUACUUCUGAAUUCCAGCCAGGUUUUCCAGGGUAGAUGGUCUGUCUCUUUGCAGUAAAAAGAUCAGGAGGCAGUGUGUUGACUGUUAAGAAUUGAGCUCAGUCCUGACGUCACUCAGCUCUCCAGCUGUGAACAGGGAGGUGGCAGGAUGUUUGCCCGUAGCCAGGAAACUCUUUUGCCUUGCAACUUUGUGCAAGCAUUUAUCUGAAUACCAGGACAAGGCAAAGUAAACUCACACCAUCCAGGCAAGUACGUUAUUUCAGUUAGUAUCUUUGCUGUCCUUGUUAAAGAUACGUAUAUGGGGGCUGGAGAGAUGGCUCAGUGGCUAACAGCACUGGCUGCUCUUCCAGAGGACCCAGGUUCAGUUCCCAGCACCCACAUGGUGGCUCAGGGAUUCAAGGCCCUCUUCUGACCUCUGAGGGCACCAGACACCACUGCCCGGACAUUCAUGCAGGAAACAUACCCAGUUUUGUUUUCUUUUUUAAAGAGCAUAUGCACUGUUAGUUUAUUUUUCAGAUUUACUUCACAUCCUCCACAAAUGAUGCCAGGUGGCCCAAAGAGGGACAGGUUCAAUGGGACAGUUGGGAAAUAAAUCUCUCAAGAGCUCUGGGGA